AUCUCUGUCAGCUCGGACCUACCAUGUUGAGCAGCGACAGUGCUCUGGAAAGUGGGGAGCAACCUUGCAUCCGGCUGGAGCCCCUGAACAGCACGCACUUGCCGGGCAAGGCGCCUCCGGUCGGCGGCGGCUGCGCCGCGCUGCUGGACGGCAGCCCAAAGGUGACGGCCAACGGGCUGCACGACAUAGAGGACCGCAUCCUGAGGAUUACCGGCUACUACGGCUACAACCCGGGCUACUCCAGUCACAGAAGAGAGGAGGGUUCAGAGUCUCAUGCAGACACACCAGGUAGCGAGACCAGUGGAGACAGACGGUUUUACAGGACAUGUACGAGCACAGUUCUGAAGGUGCUGGGUGGUCUUCUGAUGGUGCUGUGUGUUUCCUCCUCCUGGGUGGGUACCACUCAGGUGGUGAAGCUAACCUUCCAGUCAUUCUCCUGUCCCUUCUUCAUCUCCUGGUUCAGCAGCAACUGGAACAUCCUCUUAUUUCCCAUCUACUACUCAGGACAUGUAGUUACCACACGGGACAAGCAGACCCCCAUACAGAAAUUUAGGGAAUGCAGCAAGCUCUUUGGAGAGGAUGGAAUGACUCUGAAGCUUUUCGUAAAGAGGACAGCACCUUUCUCAAUCCUGUGGACACUGACCAACUACCUGUAUCUCCUAGCCUUGAAGAAACUUACCGCCACUGAUGUGUCUGCCCUAUAUUGUUGCCACAAGGCCUUCGUCUUUCUUUUGUCAUGGAUUGUCCUCAAGGACCGGUUCAUGGGUGUCCGGAUUGUUGCAGCCAUAAUGGCCAUCACAGGUAUUGUCAUGAUGGCAUAUGCUGAUGGCUUCCAUGGUGACUCGUUUGUGGGUGUGGCUUUGGCUGUGGGUUCCGCCUCGACAUCCGCUCUCUAUAAGGUGCUGUUCAAGAUGUUCCUUGGGAGCGCCAACCUUGGAGAAGUAGCUCAUUUUCUGUCCACCAUGGGCUUCUUUAAUCUUAUCUUCAUCUCCUGUGUGCCCCUCAUCCUCUACUUCACCAGGGUAGAGCACAUGGGCUCGAUCUCCUCGCUGCCCUGGGGAUAUCUGUGUGGACUAGCAGGACUGUGGCUGGUGUUCAACAUCCUGGUCCAUGUUGGAGUGGUGCUGACUUACCCCAUUCUCAUUUCCAUUGGAACGCUACUCAGCGUACCAGGCAAUGCAGCUGUGGAUGUUUUGAAACAUGAGGUGAUCUUUAGCGUGGUGCGUCUGACGGCCACCUGCAUCAUCUGCCUGGGUUUCCUGCUCAUGCUGCUGCCGGAGGAAUGGGACUCCGUCACGCUGCGUUUCCUCGCCACCUUAGCAGACAAGAAGUCAGAGGACCACGGUGAAGAACUCUCAGAGUCCAGUGUCAACACUCGAAGCCGCAGUCGAGCAAAUGGGACCGUGUCCAUUCCUUUAGCAUGACAUGACCUGAGCUUGUAUAUUAACUCCCCCUGGGGGUGCAGCAGGAUGCUUGGUCCACAAGGACACAUCAGUCAGCAAGACAAAGAAGUGUUGUCUUGAGCUUUAAACUUCACCCUGAAGUUGAACCCCCGUCACCGCACACACCGGGACAGAAAUGACAACGUUUAUGGAUCACGCAGAAGGAUUGAAAGUAUUAUUUACUUUCUUGAAAUACUUGCCAUGCGCCGUCCCAUCCCUCGCACGCACCAAAACCAAGAGCUGGCUGGCUUCUCCUGACUUUCCCUGCAGACUGUAUUCUGUGAAUAUAAAUACUGGCGGGGGCAGUUUGGCUCAGUAAUAUAUGUAUAAUAUUCAUUUAAGUCUGUAUCAAUAAGAGUAUUAAUUUUAAAUCCUACUGAAUAGUAUUAUAUACAAUAACUGCAUUGUACUGUGCGUAAUGUGCAGGCUUUUUUGAUUUUUUUUUUUAA